GGCUGUGCCGGGAUCGCUCCGAUGGGAGACACCGAAAGAAUUCCCCCCUUUUUCCCAGGAGCAUCGAGUCCCCCAGCCUGGGCUUCGGGGUGGAUUCCUUCCUGCCCCACCUGCUGGAGGACGAGCAGGGCCAGCUCUGGGACCUGGAGCCGGAGCUGGACCCCCAGAACUGGCAGCACACCGUGAGCCGGGAGCUGGUGGCCAACCUGCCCCCCCGGGAGGUGGAGAGACAGGAGGUGAUCAAUGAGCUCUUUGCCACCGAGGGGUCCCACCUGCGCAUCCUGAGGGUCCUGGACCUGCUGUUCUACCAGAGGAUGAGGAAGGAGAACCUGCUGUCCCGGGAGGAGCUGGGGCUGCUCUUCCCCAACCUGCCCGACCUCAUCGAGAUCCACAAUUCCCUCUCGGAAUCCAUGAAGAAGCUGCGGGAGGAAGGACCGAUCAUCAAAGAAAUCGGGGACCUCAUGUUGUCCCGGUUUGAUGGCGCUGCCAAGGAGGAGAUCCAGCAGGUCGCCGCCACCUUCUGCUCCUACCAAUCCAUCGCCCUGGAGCUCAUCAAGACCAAGCAGCGCAAGGAGACCCGCUUCCAGAUCUUCAUGCAGGAGGCCGAGAGCAACCCGCAGUGCCGGCGGCUGCAGCUCAAGGAUCUGAUCAUCUCGGAGAUGCAGCGGCUCACCAAGUACCCUCUGCUGCUGGAGAACAUCAUCAAGUUCACCGAGGCAGGAUCCCCGGAGCUGGAGAAGCUGUGCCGGGCUCGGGAUCAGUGCCGGGACAUCCUGAGGAACGUCAACGAGGCCGUGAAACGGGCGGAGAACCGGCACCGGCUCGAGGGCUACCAGAAACGCCUGGACACCACCCCCCUGGAGAGGACCAGCAACCCCCUGGCCGCCCAGUUCAAG